AUGCGCGUCUCUACUAUCUCCGCCAUCUUCAGCGGCCUCGCCGUCUCUGUCACCGCCCAGUCGGAUCUCGACGGUUCCGUUUGGAAGGCUCUUCUCGCUGAGCCCCAGAGCAAGCGCGGCUUUUCCGACAUGCCUCGCAACCGUCCCGUCAAGCGCCAGUCGGGCUGGAACCCGCCCGCAGACUUGAAAGCUCCCCUCCAGGAGGUCUGGGAGCACUAUGAGAAGACCUACGACGGUGGCCUCGAUGCCAACGUCAACACUGGCUUCCACCAGAUCAUGGCUAACAAAGGGUACCUUAACAUCUGUGUCCGAUGGGACUCUAGCGCCACCAUCACCGAGGCCCAGCGAACUAAGAUCGCCAGUGCCUAUAACGCUCAGUACCAAAAGUGGUUCAAGUGGCUCUACGGCUACAACGGCUUCCCUUAUGACGAGGUCAAGGUCAAUAUUGUCGCAUAUGCCGUCAAGGACAAGACCCAGCUUCAAGGCUCUACUGCUGGUUACGAGGUCUACACUGAACUCGACGCUGACGGUGUCCCUAUGUGCCCUGUCGCCUGUGCUCGUGAUGCUCAUCUUGAUGGCGACUAUAGUGGCUGCAAGGCUGGUGCUGACCGCCACUACGACCACUCUCUCUGGUUGAAGGAUGGUCUUGAGGGUGGUUUUGGUCAUAACUGGGGUCAGGAGGUUGGUCGUGAGUACUUUAUGAACAACCUUGACUCUGACAGCAUCCACAUUCUUUUGCACGAGAUGGGCCAUACUUUUGCUCUCGACGAUUUCUAUGACUGGACCCCCACUGGUGUCACCAAGUUCAUCAUGCUUGCCGGUGCCUCCAUGGAAAUCACCGACUUUGACGGCUGGAUGUACCGCAACUGGUGGUACUACCUCUCUCAAAAGAACAACUGGAGUUCCAGCAAGUCCAGCAGUAAUGCUGCACCUGUUUCAUCCGAGUCCAAGCCUUCUGUCAACACUGCCGCACCCGUCAAAGCUCCAACCAAGACUGCCAGCCCCAAGCCCAGCACCACCACCACCAAGGCCACCGUCGCUAAACCUACCUCUACCAAGAAGGCUACUGCUACAAAGGUUCCUUCCACCGAAAAGAGCUCUGGUGCCGAGGCUGCUGCUUGGGGUCAGUGUGGCGGUAACAACUGGACUGGUGCCACCAAGUGUGCUUCUGGUACCAAGUGCACCAAGCACAACGAUUACUACUCUCAGUGUGUUGCCAACUAA